AUGCCUCAUUCGAGAAGAUGGAUCACCGAGGAAGAUCUGGCUCGACACGAAGGCGAAGACGCAGCGUCGAGGCGAACAACAAGCAUGGACCAUCGACUCGGAUCACCGGCUCUGAGGAAGACGAAGACGUCGAAACAGAAAUACUCCUGUUGUGAAGAUGCCGUUGUCGAUAACAUCGACGAAGAAUACGAUCGGCUCAUUCAACAUCUUCAUAUUGGCGCUGUGAAAGCUGAGAGUUCUAAAGUCCCCAGGUCCAAGAAACGUCUGUCUCCAGAAACACUCGAGCUGAUACGCCAGCGUGGAAUCGCACGAGCUGCGUGCAACCGCAAAGUAACGUCUGAACUUGCAAAACAAUGCAGACAAGCGACAAAAGAAGAUCUUAAAGAAAGAAAAGCAGCAGUGCUGGUCGAAGCUGCUGAGGCCGCAAAAGCAUUAGCAAAGCCUACCGAAUUCUCCAAUUACAAAACCAAGGUGAUUGCACUCCGACACCCAGACGGAACAGUUACAGCGUCCAAAAAGGCAAUGGAGAAAACCAUUCACGAAUACUACUCAGAUCUCUUCGAUAACCACGUCCACCUUCCCUCAUAUGAAAUAAACGAGGAUGGACAUAUUGCACCACCGGUUCUCCCUUCCGAAAUCCGACAUGCCAUUUCGGUUGUGAAAAAUCGAGCAGCACCAGGUCCGAACAGGAUAAGACCAAAACACCUGAAAAACCUUCCGUCAGUCCUAGUAAGCACACUGGCUCGGUUCUUCACACGUUACCUGUCUGAAGGUCCCUGCUCAAUGGAGGACCAGCAAGACCGUGUUAUUUCUCAGGAAGGGUGA